AUUACAGUAAUGAGGAGAACUUCAAAUGGCUAAGGAGUUUCCCAAUAUGCAAUCAAGUUUUUGAGUUUCCAAUGUGUAGAUGGAAAACUCCUUGGCCAUUUGAUUGUUUUUCUAAUUUACACGUGACACAUCUAUACAUACAACAUCAUUAUCAUCCACUGAAAUGCCCUCCUUUGGUGAAGGUAAAAUCCUUUCCUCCAAUCCCUUGUCAUUCAACUUUGGUCAACAAUUUUUCUGCCUUCACUAAUCGUGUGUUUGUUUUUUGUUACGAGAUCCCGCAAACCGCUUCACUUUCUGUGAUUCCCAAACUGUUGAGGCGAUAAUUCCUCCAAAGACUUCCACUUGGGCCAACGAAAUGAAGCAGAAGAAAUAAUCAUUGAAGGUGGGCCAAGUCCAAGUAAUGCAAAUAUAAGUUGUCGCAUAUAAGAAUGAUUGCCC